AGGUAGCCGGCAAGUCGAGCCAACAGCCUCAGCACCGGACCCGUCGUCCCCGUCAACCGAGUCAGCAGCAACUCUAUUAUCCCCCCGCAUCGUGGGACACGCGCACACUACACUUCAGAAACUGUUAGCACCGAUCAAAAGAAGGUGGCUCAGUUGUGCGCAGCCUAGACAAUGUCCGAAGAUUCUGACUCUAUAUCAGAGGAAGAAAGAAGUUUGUUCCGUCCGUUCACGCGGGAGUCCUUGGCAGCGAUCGAGGCUCGCAUCGCCGAGGAAGAGGCCAGACAGAAAGAGCUUCAGCAGAGAAGAGCCGAAGGCGAGGGUGGUUAUGGACGGAAGAAAAAGAAAAAAGAAAUACGGUAUGACGACGAGGAUGAGGACGAAGGUCCUCAGCCGGAUCCGAUGUUCGAGCAGGGAGGGCCGCUUCCGGUCCGAUUGCACAACGACUUUCCACCCGAGUUGGCCUCCACACCUCUCGAGGAUAUCGAUAGCUUCUACCACAAUCAAAAGACCUUCGUCGUCAUUAGCAAAGGAAAGGACAUAUUCAGGUUCUCAGCGGAGGACGCGUUGUGGAUGCUCGAUCCGUUCAACCCAAUCCGACGGGUGGCCAUUUACAUAUUGGUCCACCCGCUCUUUUCCCUCUUCAUCAUCACUACGAUAUUGGUUAACUGUAUACUUAUGAUCAUGCCCACUACGCCCACCAUCGAGUCCACCGAAGUGAUAUUUACGGGCAUCUACACAUUUGAAUCCGCCGUUAAGGUGAUGGCGAGGGGUUUCAUUCUGCAGCCUUUUACCUAUCUUAGAGAUGCAUGGAAUUGGCUCGACUUCGUAGUUAUAGCUUUAGCUUAUGUGACGAUGGGCAUAGAUCUAGGCAACCUUGCCGCUCUCAGGACAUUUCGAGUCCUCCGAGCCUUGAAGACUGUCGCUAUUGUACCAGGUCUGAAAACCAUUGUCGGCGCUGUGAUAGAAUCCGUAAAGAACCUGCGCGAUGUGAUAAUCCUGACGAUGUUCUCCCUCUCCGUCUUUGCGCUUAUGGGCCUUCAGAUUUACAUGGGGGUCCUCACGCAAAAGUGUAUAAAAAACUUUCCCGAGGAUGGCUCCUGGGGUAAUCUGACCGACGAGAAUUGGGAGCGAUUCGUUAGUAACGAAACUAAUUGGUACGUGGACGAGGCCAAAAAUAUGCCCUUAUGCGGAAAUUCGUCGGGGGCGGGGCAGUGCCUUCCCGGCUACACGUGUUUACAAGGGUACGGUGAAAAUCCGAAUUACGGUUACACGAGCUUCGACACUUUUGGCUGGGCGCUGCUCUCCGCUUUCCGUCUCAUGACUCAGGAUUAUUGGGAAAAUCUGUAUCAACUGGUGUUAAGAUCGGCCGGACCAUGGCACAUGCUCUUCUUCAUCGUGAUCAUCUUUCUCGGAUCCUUCUAUCUCGUCAACUUGAUCCUCGCUAUUGUCGCGAUGUCGUACGACGAGUUGCAAAAGAAGGCCGAAGAGGAGGAGGCCGCUGAGGAAGAAGCUAUGAGAGAAGCCGAGGAAGCUGCACUGGCGAAGGAGAACAAGCUCGCGGCGCGGGAAGCUGCGGCCGCGGCGAAGGAAGCUGCCAGGGAGGCUGCAGCGGUGGCCGCGGAGCAGAUCGUCAAGUCACCAUCGGAUUUUUCGUGCCACAGUUACGAGCUGUUCGUCGGCCAGGAGAAGGGCAACGACGACAACAACAAGGAGAAGAUGAGCAUACGUUCGAUCGAGUCCGUCAGUGAUCAGAGGCACAUCAAGCAGCUCAACAACAAUCACAGCGCUGCCAAUAAAGUGCGAAAAGUCAGCGCCGUCCCUCGCGCCGCUAAUGGCCAGUUUACUUAUGCCUACCAGGAAAGUCUGCGGAAGGCGAGCCUGAGCCUACCUGGCUCACCGUUCAAUCUGCGCCGCAGCAGCCGUGGCAGCCACCAAUUUACAAUACGCAACGGCCGCGGCCGAUGCUUCGUCCCGCCGGGCGGCGAUCGGAAGCCCCUCGUACUAUCAACUUAUCUGGACGCCCAGGAGCAUCUACCUUACGCCGACGACUCGAACGCGGUCACGCCUAUGUCCGAGGAGAACGGCACGAUCGUGGUGCCGGUGUACUACGCGAAUCUUGGCUCGCGUCACUCGUCAUACACGUCCCACACGUCGCGGCUCUCCUACACGUCCCACGGCGAUCUGGCGUUCUCCGGCAUCCGCGGCAUCGACAGCAUCGGCAAGCAGAUCACCAAGCAGGAGCAGAUCCUCAGGAAUCGCACCAACAAACAGACGACGCCUGUUAACGGCCAUGUCACGGACACCAAUCAGAAGUCCUAUCAUUUUGAAAGCGAUCUGGAAGAUCCCAUGGGCAAGACCAAGCAACAAGACAAUCCGUUCAUCGAGCCGUCUCAGCAGCAUACCGUGGUUGACAUGAAGGACGUGAUGGUGUUGAACGACAUCAUCGAGCAAGCAGCUGGUCGCCAGAGCAAGACGCCGGAACAAGGAGUUUCGACCUAUUACUUUCCGACAGACGACGAUGAAGAAGGGCCUACGUUCAAGGACAAGUUAUUGGCCGGAGUAUUCCGUUGUAUCGACAUCUUUUGCGUCUGGGACUGCUGCUGGCUCUGGCUCGAGUUUCAAAAGUACGUGUCCUUGUUGGUCUUUGAUCCGUUCGUAGAGCUCUUCAUCACGCUCUGCAUCGUCGUCAAUACGCUCUUCAUGGCGUUGGAUCAUCACGAUAUGGACAAAGAUAUGGAGAGAGUUCUCAAAUCUGGCAAUUACUUCUUCACUGCAACAUUCGGUAUCGAAGCGACUCUGAAGCUGAUAGCGAUGAGCCCGAAAUAUUAUUUUCAAGAAGGCUGGAAUAUCUUUGACUUUAUAAUCGUCGCUCUUUCGCUUCUGGAGUUGGGUCUGGAAGGUGUGCAAGGUCUAUCGGUAUUACGAUCAUUCAGAUUGCUAAGAGUGUUCAAGCUGGCUAAAUCGUGGCCUACGUUGAAUCUGCUGAUCUCCAUAAUGGGCAGAACUGUGGGCGCGCUGGGUAAUUUGACGUUUGUAUUGUGCAUCAUUAUCUUCAUCUUCGCCGUGAUGGGUAUGCAGCUUUUUGGCAAGAAUUACAUCGACAACGUCCACCUCUUUCCGGAAGAAGAAUUACCCAGAUGGAACUUUACCGAUUUCAUGCACUCAUUUAUGAUCGUUUUCCGGGUACUGUGCGGAGAGUGGAUCGAGUCUAUGUGGGAUUGUAUGCUGGUCGGCGAUGUCUCUUGCAUACCAUUCUUCUUGGCUACUGUCGUCAUCGGUAACUUGGUCGUGCUGAAUCUCUUCUUAGCUCUGUUGCUGAGCAACUUCGGCUCGUCGAAUCUGUCAGCCCCGACCGCGGACAACGACACGAACAAGAUUGCGGAGGCCAUCGAUCGCAUAGCGCGUUUCAUUAAGUGGAUCAAGCGAAAUAUUCUUUUCAUUACUAAGUUGAUGCGAGCCAAACUCACCAAUCAGAUAUCCGAUCAGGCGCCAGGUGAGGGACCGUCCAACAGUUGGAAAGAAGAUGGAAUUGAUCGCGAUGGGGACCUAGAUCUUGCAGAUGGCGAAUUGGAUGCAUACAGAGACAAGAAGAGCGCCAAAGAGCUUAAUCAGCUUGAAGUUGCCAUUGGCGAUGGGAUGGAAUUCACCAUUCAUGGAGAUUUGAAGAACAAGCUGAAGAGAGGCAAGCUAUGCAUGAACAAUACGAAGGUUAUCGCGAAUUCAAUAAAUCACCACGAUUAUAGGCUCGACAACGAUUAUAUUAAUCAGAACGAGGAUGAUACCAUCAGUAAUAAAUCAUAUGGCAGCCACAAAAAUCGAGCAUUUAAGGACGAAAGUCACAAAGGCAGUAUGGACUCGUUAAACGGCGAGGAGAAGAAAGACGCGAGCAAAGAAGAUCUGGAGCCAGAAGAAGAUCUAGAAGACGAGGGCGAAGAAGGUGACGAACUCGACGUUGACAUCAUACACGCGGACGAAGAUCCUAUUCAAUCGAAUUAUCCUUCCGACUGCUGCCCGGAAAAUUGUUACAAGAAAUUUCCAUUCCUGGCCGGCGAUGACGACGCUCCGUUUUGGCAAGGUUGGGCGAACCUGCGAUUGAAGACCUUCCGGCUGAUUGAGAACAAGUAUUUCGAGACUGCCGUUAUCACCAUGAUCCUUCUGAGUAGCUUGGCCUUGGCUUUGGAGGACGUUCAUCUGCAACAACGACCUGUCCUACAGGACAUAUUGUAUUACAUGGACCGAAUAUUUACUGUGAUCUUCUUUCUCGAGAUGUUGAUCAAGUGGCUGGCUCUAGGAUUUAGAAAGUAUUUUACAAACGCCUGGUGCUGGCUCGACUUCAUCAUCGUCAUGCUAUCAUUGAUCAACUUGGGCGCAACCAUGGCCGGCGCAGCCGACAUCCCGGCCUUCCGUUCCAUGAGAACACUGAGGGCCUUGAGACCUUUACGAGCAGUCUCACGGUGGGAGGGCAUGAGAGUAGUCGUUAAUGCCUUGGUCCAAGCCAUUCCAUCUAUCUUCAACGUGUUGCUGGUAUGCCUUAUUUUCUGGCUUAUAUUCGCUAUCAUGGGAGUACAACUGUUUGCUGGCAAAUAUUACAAGUGUGUCGACGCGAACAAGACGACACUCAGUCAUGAAAUAAUACCUGAUCGGAACGCCUGCUUCGCUGAGAAUUACACGUGGGAGAACUCGCCAAUGAAUUUCGAUCACGUCGGAAAAGCAUAUCUGUGCCUAUUCCAAGUGGCGACUUUCAAAGGGUGGAUCCAAAUCAUGAAUGACGCGAUCGAUUCCAGGGAGGUCGGCAAGCAGCCGAUUCGUGAAACGAACAUUUACAUGUAUCUCUACUUCGUGUUUUUCAUUAUAUUUGGAUCGUUUUUUACUCUCAACCUAUUCAUUGGUGUGAUCAUCGACAACUUUAACGAGCAAAAGAAAAAGGCUGGCGGCUCCCUCGAGAUGUUCAUGACGGAAGAUCAAAAGAAAUAUUACAACGCCAUGAAAAAAAUGGGCAAUAAGAAGCCUCUGAAAGCCAUUCCUCGACCGAGGUGGCGACCGCAGGCAAUAGUGUUUGAAAUAGUGACGGACAAAAAGUUCGAUAUGAUAAUCAUGCUGUUCAUCGGGCUGAACAUGCUCACGAUGACAUUGGACCAUUAUCAACAAAGCGAAACGUUCAGCAAUGUUCUGGACUAUCUCAACAUGAUAUUCAUUGUGAUAUUCACCAGCGAGUGUCUCAUGAAGAUUUUCGCUCUGCGCUACCACUACUUCAAGGAGCCAUGGAAUCUCUUUGAUUUUGUUGUUGUUAUAUUGUCAAUAUUAGGUCUGGUGCUGAGCGACAUUAUUGAAAAAUAUUUCGUAUCACCGACCUUGCUUCGUGUAGUGAGAGUGGCGAAGGUCGGUCGUGUGCUUCGACUCGUGAAAGGUGCCAAGGGUAUCCGAACACUUCUCUUCGCCCUGGCGAUGUCGUUGCCGGCCCUCUUUAACAUUUGCCUACUGCUGUUUUUGGUGAUGUUUAUCUUCGCGAUAUUCGGAAUGUCUUUCUUCAUGCACGUCAAAGACAAGAGCGGACUCGACGACGUGUACAAUUUCAAGACAUUUGGACAGUCCAUGAUACUGCUAUUUCAGAUGUCAACAUCGGCCGGCUGGGACGGUGUUCUCGACGGUAUAAUAAACGAGGAGGACUGCCAGGAGCCGAACAACGAGAUCGGCUACCCGGGCAACUGCGGCUCCUCGACGAUCGGGAUCGCUUAUCUGCUCUCGUAUCUCGUCAUCAGCUUCUUGAUCGUCAUCAACAUGUAUAUCGCCGUGAUUCUCGAGAAUUACUCGCAGGCCACCGAAGACGUGCAAGAGGGUCUGACGGACGAUGACUAUGACAUGUACUACGAGAUUUGGCAGCAGUUUGAUCCGGACGGCACACAGUACAUCAGAUACGAUCAGCUGUCGGACUUUCUCGAUGUAUUGGAACCCCCGUUGCAGAUACAUAAGCCCAAUAAAUACAAGAUCGUAUCGAUGGAUAUCCCUAUAUGUAAGGGCGACCUUAUGUUUUGUGUGGAUAUUCUCGACGCUCUCACCAAAGACUUUUUCGCACGGAAGGGCAAUCCAAUCGAAGAGACGGGCGAGCUAGCCGAGGUCCAGCCGCGUCCAGACGAGGCUGGCUACGAGCCGGUCUCGUCCACUCUGUGGCGGCAGCGCGAGGAGUACUGCGCCCGCCUUAUACAGAACGCUUGGCGUAAGCACAAACAGCAACGGCUUGGCGGGCCGAGCGAGGAGAGCGACGAUCCAGAUACGGAUUUGUGCGUACGGCAGACCAAGGUGCUGGUCGAAAGCGACGGUUACGUCACGAAGAACGGUCAUCGCGUUGUCAUACACAGCCGAUCACCAAGUGUCACUUCGAGAACAGCGGACGUCUGAUCGCCAUCGUCGUCGUCGCCGCCGUCGCAGCUGCCGCAGCAGCCACCGCCGCCGUCCGUGCGCCGAAAAUCGCUCUAUCGCAGCAGCCGCAGUCGCAGCAGCAGCAGCAGCAGCAGCAGCAGCAGCAGCAGCAGUUGCAGCAGCAGUAGCAGCAGCAGCAGCAACAUCGUCGACGACGAUGAUCACGCAUCAUCAGCCGCUCGCACUGCUCGUGCGAAGUAGUGGCCGGGCGGGCACCUCGCGUGCGCUCUCCAUCGACAGCCUUAUAGUUGUAUAAAUAACAAUUCCUCCAACGAGUUGCCUUUAAUCGACUUUAAACGAGCCACGACCGUUGGGAAAGAGAGAGAGAGAGAGAGAGAGAGAGACGGGGAAAUAGAGAGAAAGAGAGACACGUCGAUAGUUAAAUGAGAACGUCCGUAUGAAGUACACGAGGAGACUGCGACUGCGUCUAGAUCGGUUUGAAAGUGUGCUGCUCUCGGUGAUCGCCGAUUCUUGCGCGUAUACACAAACUUACCGAAGACUCGGCUUUAUUUGGCCGUGACGUCCGGAUCGCAAAAGAUAUGUCGCGAGAGCGCGACACUUCAAGAAUACACAAUGGAGAAGCAAGAAGAGAGGGACUACGAAGACACAAGGAGAAUUACGAGGAGGGAAGGCUGAAACGUCGCAACGUCCUCUCCGAGUCCGACUUCCCCAUAUUAAGACUCGUGGAACGUGACAUCGCGACGCGGAGAGAAAAGAGAGAGAGAGAGAGAGAGAGAGAGAGAGAGAGAGAGAGAAAGAGGGGAGAGGGAGACUAUCUCGCUUUUUCUCGUGAGCCUCGCCUCUGUUCCUCGUCGUUCGAUUAAAGAGCAUCCGCGCGGACCCGCGUUAGUCGCGCGCGACGACGGCCGCGCAUCGAGGCGGCGCGCCACCUCUUAUCUACACACCAUCUUGUACACAUUAGCUCAAUAUCGCGAAUCUCUAUAUCCGCCGUUUGGAUUUUUUACACCCGUUUUACAGCAGUAUAACCCGCCUACUCGUCCCCCCCGCGCGACGCCGCGACGCCUCAGGCGCCGCCGUCGAGCCCCGUUGCGGCGACGCAUUCGCUUUAAUGAAACGAUAAUU